AUGCAGCCCAAGGAGGGGGAACCAGGGGGGUUUGGGGGGGGGCUGCUCCCUGACCCCUACGACAGCUUCAUGCAUCACCACUUGAGCUACUACGGCUACUUCCAAGGUAGGAAGAUGGGGCUGUGGCUGCCCCAUUGUCCUCCUGCAGCCCCCUGGGGCCCAUUGAGCCCCUCACUGCAGCACCGGGGGGCCCUGGGGGAGCCAUGGGGUCUCUUUGCUGUGCCCCCAAUGGGGGGGCUCCUGCCCCCUCCCCGCUGGCCUGUGGAGUGCAAGGUCAUCCAGGAGAGCAUGGAGCACAUUGAGUGGGACCCCCCUGAACCGGAGCCCCUCUGCCAGCCCACGAGCAUGGAGCAGGCCCUGGCCACCCUCAGCGAGCAGCAGGGCACCGUGGUCUAUAACUGCAGCCCAGUGCCCCACGGCACCCGCGUUGGGGGGGCCCCAGGGCCCCCAUCCUCUGCAGCAGCGCCCUUGGAGGGGCCCCAGGACACAACACUGCUCUUUGAGUCCCACUUUGAGAGUGGCAACCUGCAGAGAGCCAUCAAGGUUGGCCCCUAUGAGUACCUGCUGCGGCUGAGGCUGGACCUGUUCACCACCAAACACACCCAAUGGUUCUACUUCCGCGUCCAAAACACGCGCCGGGAGCCCUGUAACUGCUUCACCAUCACCAACCUCGCCAAAGCCAAGAGCCUCUAUGGUGAGGGGAUGAGGCCGCUGCUCUACUCCCAGCAGGACGCCCAAAGCUGCGGCAUCGGCUGGUGCCGUGUUGGCACCGACGUCUGGUACUACCGCGGUGCCGGUGACCGGGAACCGGCUGCUUUCCACCUCUCCUGGUCCAUGCGCUUCCCCCACGAUGGUGACACCUUCUUCACCCACUCCUACACCUACACGGACCUGCGGGCCCUCAUGGGUGACCCGGUGCAGUUGUGGUACUGCACAGUGCGGGCGCUGUGCCACAGCCUGGCUGGCAACACCGUGUACGUGCUGACCAUCACCGGCAGCUCGCACCCAUGCGGCUGCCUCGACUUCCUGCUCAGCACCGACACACGGCUCCUGUGGUGCCUCUUUGUGUUCAUGGUGGUGCCAAUGCUCAACCCCGAUGUGGUGGUGGGGAAUUCCCAAUGCUCCCUGUCCAGCUGGGAUCCCAACAGGGCUUAUGGAAUGGUGAGGCCUGGAGACUUCCCUGGAGUGUGGCACCUGUGGGCUAUGGUUGAGAGGGUGUUGGUGGAGUGGGAGGUGGUGCUGUACUGCGACUUCCAUUGGCACAGCUGGAAGAACAACAUCUUCAUGUAUGGCUGUGACGGUGGCAGCGCCGGUGCUGGGCUCUGGCUGCACCAGCGCAUCUUCCCCUUGAUGUUCAGCAAGAACACCCCUGACAAGUUCUCCUUCCCCAGCUGCAAAUUCAAGGUGCAGAAGAGCAAAGCAGGGACAGGCUGGGUGGUGAUGUGGUGCUUGGGGGUCUCCAACAGCUACACCCUGGAGGUGGCUUUCGGUGGCUCCACGUUGGGUGGGAGCAGAUCCCACUUCACCGUGUGGGACCUCAUGGUACUGGGCGCCCAUCUGUGUGACUCCCUGCUGGACCUGUGCGACCCCAACCCCACCAAGCUCCAGCAGUGCCUGGCGGAGCUGGAUGAGCUCCUGUGGCAGCGGCUGGGAUGUGAUCCGGGGGUGGGUGGCAGCUGGAGCGAUGUGGCUGCUUCUGAGCUUGAGUCCAGCACCAGCAGCUCCAACAGCUCCAUGUCCGACUCACUCCUGGUUCAGCAGCUCCCGGCCCCGUUGCCAUGGCAACACCUCACCGUGCCCCCGUCCCGACCGGAAGCGGCGCUCGUGCGCUCCGCCGGAAGUACCGGGGCGUGGGCACGGAAGCGGAAGCGGCGGCGGCGGCGGUGUCCUUCGGUGCCGUGA